UGUCAGGAAGUGGGGGACUGUCUAACCCCACUUGCCGGAAGUGUCUUUUCACGAGAACCUGAAUUUUCCUGCAGCUCAGCUUUCCAUCUCCCGGCGCGACGCUGGCAAGUAAAUAGCAGGGCAGCUGCCAGUGGCGCAGGUUGGGAAGACAGCAACAUGCUUGUGAUUCAGCUCCUCCACUUAGCUGUAAAAAUACAUUGAUCAGAACUGCCUGGCAUCUUCCUGAGCAAGACUUCAUUAGGGCCCAGUAUGCUUCACUUCAUCAAAAAGUUUUCUCGAGCAUCUUCAAAGAUGCUGAAGUACCCUUUCACAAUCGGAGUAGGAGCCAGUAGGAGAAUAGAAAUACUUUCUCUAAAGAUGUGUCUCCAGCAGAACUUUUCACCUUUGUUUCUAAGGUCUUGGCCUUUCUCAUCAUUUCCAGUGUAUAUGAGCAAGACACAAUACUAUCAUACUUCUCCAUGCAGCUUUAAGCGGAAGCAAGAAGUAAUUCCAGCCAGGCCACCAAAAACCAUCACUUACUUGCCUGACAGCCCAAAGCCAGCAUUAUAUGUAACUGUGGCAGGAUUAAUCCCCUUUGUUGCUCCACCACUGAUCAUGGUGAUGACAAAGACUUAUAUCCCCAUAUUAGCUUUUACUCAGAUGGCUUAUGGAGCCAGCUUCCUAUCUUUCUUGGGAGGUAUCAGAUGGGGUUUUGCUCUGCCAGAAGGUAGCCCAGCUAAACCAGACUUCCUCAAUUUAGCUAAUAGUACAGUUCCUGUUGUGUUUUCAUGGUUUGCUUUCCUCAUUUCUGAAAGGCUCAGUGAAGCUAUAGUAACAGUAAUAAUAGGUUUGGGGAUAGCAUUACAUAUCGAACUUUUUCUCUUGCCACAUUAUCCCAAUUGGUUCAAAGCCAUGAGGAUAGUAGUCACUUUAGUGGCCUUUUUAUCAUUUAUAAUCACUUUACUAGCUAAAGGUAUUUAUCUAGAGAAGGGACCUAAGAGACCUGGUCAAGUAGAAUAAAUAUAAAAUUACUCUGUAGAUGAUGUUAGCAUGUUGGCUACAAGCCUUGUAAGAUUGUUUUGCAUCUCUUUUUUCUACUUCUAUUGUUUAGUUCUGUUUCCCACCAAUAGUAAUUCUUCACAUUACUUUUCAUUCAAGAAAUCCUUAUUUCAUAGGAAUCAUGUGAUCGACAGCUUGAAAAUCACUAACAAGUCCUUUUCAUGUCAUUAGGUUAUAGUUCUCAUUCAAUUUUUUUGUUAUGUAGACGUCCACUCAAGUAUUUCAAUGUUUUAUUUUGAAAAAUGUAAAUUAAAAAAAUGAAAAAUCCCUUUUGCUAGAGCCUUAUGAUGACUGAAAACACACAUUCUCCCAUUUCAAGAGUAAAACUUCAUAUCCAUGAAUGUCUGGAAAUAAUAGGUGGUUCCAGGGUGUUUUCAUUGCAUUUGCCCACGGAAAUUGUAUUUCCAAGCUCAUUUUACCUGGUAUAUCCUAGUUAUGAGCUGAAAGAAUCUGUGGCUCUAAAGUCAUUUGCGAGUAGUAUCACGAAGGGAAUUCAUGCUUAAAGAAAAGCUGGACACAUUUUCCAGUUUUUAUCAGGCUAUUUGGUAGGGUAUAGACACAACUUAUCACCAAACAGAACACUAGCUGGCCAAACAUAUUUAAAAGAAUAAAGCCACUAGUACAUACAAGUUGAGAGAGAGGAGAGGUCAAGCUGGAGCCAUUUGAUGUUCUAAUGAUUGGUGCUAUCUAGUUUUACAUGUUAGCUCACAGAGAAGUUUUAAAACAGCAAAAGCAUCACCUUGGGAUUCUAACUUGAAAACCUCAUCUCUUGAGAUUCUUAGCCUCAUAGAAAAGGAAAAAACAUUUAAAUAGUGUAAGAAUACAAAUCAGGAGAUAUCACCUGGUAUGUGUUAUCUUUGUAUAAGUAUUCAAAUACUAAAUUUCAAAAGUAAAUUAUAUACAUAUGAUUUCCACUCUAGUAUUCUUGCUGUGGGGAGAUCAGUCUGGAGUGGUAACUUGUUUACUACAUGACUGUUAAGGGCUGAACUAUAUGUUAAUUAAGUCCUAAUUCCCAAUAUCUAAGAAUUUGACCUUAUUUGGAAAUAGGGUCUUUACAGAACUAAUAGUGUUAACAUGAGGUCAUAAGGAAAGACUAUAAUGUUAAUAUUACUGGUGUUCUUAUAAUGGGAAAAUGUAGAGACCAACACACAUACAGGGAGAAUGCCAUGUGAACAUGAAUAUGGCUACCUUCCAAUGAGAAAAGCCUGGAACAGAUCCUUCCCUCUUAGCUCUCUGAAGGAACCAAUUCUACCAACACCUUUAGAUUUCCAGCCUCUAAAACUGUGACACAAUAAAUUCUGUUGUUUAAA